AUGGAACUGAUAAAACAUCAUACAUCCUUGUACCCUUUUCGACUAAACCGCGAUUCCAAGUACUGUGGCAACUCGAGGUUCACGUUGUACUGUGAAAACAACGUUACUGUAUUGCACCUACUUUCUGGAAAAUUCUUGGUGCUGGCCAUCAACUACGAUGACCAGAUGAUCGGAGUGGUAGAUCCUGGCCUUCAAAGGAACAAUUGCUCCUCCAUUCCUGAUUACCCUUUUGCCGAUUUUAGAUUUAGUCAUCAGUACCCGCGGCUUCUGUAUCAUAUUGCUAUGUCAAGUCAGCCUGUAACUUAUAUCAAAUUAGAUCUCUCUCUCACGCUCUCUCUCUACAGCAACGAUGACCACAGCCUUCACCUGCGAUGGAAUUCUCAAGCAGCUCAUCCCUUCGGUCUUAGCCAACAACUCCAAGGUCUUCUGGCUCAAGAUGAAGAGCAUUACGAUCGCUAUCUUGCUGAGUUCAAGAUCGGUGCCAAGCACAAUGACCAGUCAACCCUAUUUGAUCUCAUUCUGAUGAUACCUUGA